UACAGCUUAUCGAAAACAAUGCUCUCAAAAGACAGUUGCGAGUUGUAUCUAAAAGUAGAGUUUUUGUGUUAAAUUCGUUCGAAAAUGCGAGCUGUUAUCCAACGAGUUAGGGCAGCCAAAGUCACGGUGCUUGAUGAACUUAUCUCUUCCAUUGGGCCCGGUCUUUGCGUUCUUGUGGGCAUCAAAAGCAGCGAUACAACAACAGAUGUUGAGUAUCUAGUGCGUAAGAUUCUUGCAUUGCGGUUGUUCGAGGAGGAAGGUAAACGUUGGCAAAAGUCUGUCAAGGAUUUGCAGCUGGAUAUUCUAUGUGUCUCACAAUUCACACUAUAUCAUCGUCUGAAAGGCAACAAGCCAGACUUCUCGGCUGCCAUGAAAGGUGAUGAAGCUAACCAGCUAUACAAUCAUUUUCUGGAUCGUUUGCGUCAGUCAUACGAUGCCACUAAAAUUAAAGAUGGCAAGUUUGGUGCCUAUAUGCAGGUGCAUAUAGAGAACGAUGGACCAGUAACCAUCGAGCUGGAAUCGCCGUUACCAAAGCAGAUCGAGGAAUGUGUAGACAAAUAAUUAGCAAAUUAGCCUAUUUUGUAAUAAAAUGAACUAUGUGUAAA